UCCAAGAUUAACAACUUGAAAUGUCAAAACCAGAAGGUGAAGUUCAGUUCAACGUUCAACGAAAACAAACCUUCAUAAACUCUAAUCCAAAUUCUCGCCUACCGUGACCCAGCCAGCUGCCAAGCAAAAGCGUGGGCCCAGUUCACGUGCGAUCACGAUCUAUACCCUAACGGCUGACGCCACGUGUAAUACUUAGGCCAUCAACAACAAGUGUCGAAAUCGGGGGACCAGUUUUCCUGUCCUCCUUCUUAAAACCACGAAUUCCUACGUGGCGUUUCGUUGAAAAUCUCGAGGCGUUUCUAUAUUUUUCACGAGUUGUAGUACGAACAUUAUUUUUUAAUUUUUAAACUGAGCGAGCCAGCCUUAUCCAUUAAGGAAGCCAACCUUUUAUAAAAGCAGAUUGAAAUAAGCAGAACGCAAGGAGGAAACUCGAAACCAAAGAGCCAUUGAGAAAAAUAAAUUGAUUUUUUUUUUUAUGGCGAGCAGUAAAAGCUAUAAAUCGAGACCGAACUACCAAUUUCUGUCGUGCGAUCAGCAACUGCAAGCAACGUUGAGUCAUGACUCGGUGGCUUUCGAGUUAGACGAGUCAGAUAUUUAUAACAACGUGGUCUCGACUCGCUCUGACUCACCUGAGUUUCGUCUCAGUCGAGUGGCGAAAAAGCCGUCGACGAAGGGCGGCUGCGGAAGGGAUUCUGGAAUAGGAGGGGCACCAACGUCGCUGCCGGUCAACAUACCGGACUGGUCGAAGAUUUUGAGGGAAGAGCACAAGGAUAAUAGCCGGAGGAGAUCGGAGAGCGACGAUGAUGACGUUGCUGGAGAUGAUUGGUUGGAAGGAGGGGUUAGGAUUCCACCUCACGAGUUUUUGGCGAGGACAAGGAUCGCAUCCUUCUCGGUUCAUGAAGGGAUAGGAAGGACUUUGAAAGGAAGAGAUCUGAGGAGGGUCAGAAAUGCAAUUUUUGAAAAAAUUGGGUUCCAAGAUUAAAUCAAAAUAAGUGAGAAAUUUUAGAAUCAUCAUCUUUAGUUUCUCUUUUUUUCUUUUUUGCCACUGUGAUGUGAUCAAGAGGAUCAUUUUCCUUCGUGUAAUUCCAAACUAGAGAUUUUUAUAAGAUUUAGCGGAGUAAUUUUCGAAAUCCAUAUUUAUAUUUUGGAACUUGGAUUUUUAUUUUCAAAUUUGGAAAAUAUGUGGUCCGAGGCUUUGAGGGUAUUUUGGUAAUAAAAAAUAAUCAGUGGGGCUUACGAUUUGAUGUUAGUUGGGUUGGUAAAGAAAAAAAUAGUUUCCACAAUAGCCAACAUUGACGGCCCCUGGAAAAUGAUUCAUUGUCAAAUCUACCCUUCAAAUAAUUCAACUUCUUUAUUUUUUUUUUAUUUUCAUAUUUAUAUCUUAAUAAAAUUUGUUU